GUCCCAUGAACAGAAGGCGAAAGCUGAUCUCAGAGCAGAUGAGGAAGAUUCCCCGUGUGGACAAAACCUGAAGAUCCUCAGAGCAGCUGAGGAGAGAGGAGCUGAGCCACUGGAGCUGCUGUAGGAGGAAGGCAGCAGAUUCAUUUCUUUGAGCUGGAAAUGAAGUAUCCUGCAUGUGUUUACGUGAGUUGGGGUCUGCUGACUGUAGCUGUGAUCCCCGUGUCUGUAGGCGAAAUGUAUACGUCGCUGCUGAACGUAAAGCAGGCGAUCAGUGUUGAACGGAAGCUGAUCGAUUACUUGAGAACCUACAUUGACCACGAGUUAGAAAGACUGGAGGACAUCAAACGCUUUUAUGCCAAAGUGUCCGGACUGCACACUGAACUUUACAAGGGCCCGGCGACAGCGAUGGCAAACCCGCUGGUGGCCUUCACUCUGAUCAAGCGGCUGCAUUCAGAGUGGCUGAAUGUUGUCUACAGCAAUGAAGCCCUGGAAAACGCACAAGCCCUCAGGUCCAGUUACGAGGAGGAAGAGGCAGAUCUGCCCAAACUGGAAGACCUCCAGGGGGCCGCUAAGGGGCUGAUGAGGCUGCAGGACGUGUAUGCUCUUCAAGUUGCGAGCCUUGUAAGGGGACGUUUCCAGAGAGUCACUAAUGGCAAGCCCAUUGAUAUCUACCUGCCUACAGUGUCUGUCCCUUUGUCUGGUGAUGACUGCUUUCUGGUUGGAAAGGUGGCCUACGAGCAGGAAGACUACUACCACUCCGUGCAGUGGUUGGAGGAGUCGGUGCGUCUCUUCAGGGGAACAGGACGCGAGUGGAGCCCAGAGAAUGAGGGAACUUUGGAGGAUGCUCUGGACCAUCUGGCCUUCUCUCACUUUAAAACAGGAAACAUCUCCUAUGCUCUCAGUCUAUCUCAGGAGUUACUGCAUCAUGAUCCAAUGAAUGGAAGAGUUUUGCAGAAUGUUGAGAAAUACGAGAAGCUGCUGGUUUCGAGUCCCAAAUCACUCAGGGGCGAUGGGCUGAGGAGACCCACCUCUAAUUAUUUAAGAACCAGGGACACUUACGAGAGACUCUGCCAGACCCAAGGCUCUCAGCAGCCAAUGCAUUUUAAAAAUCCCAGACUAUUCUGCGACUACUUCACCAACGGAGACCCCGGACUGCUGCUGCUGCCAGUAAGACGUGAAGUGUUGAACCUGCAGCCGUAUGUCGUCCUGUACCACAACUUCAUCACGGACACAGAAGCUGAGGACAUCAAGGGGCUCGCCCAAUCAGGAUUGAGAAGAUCUGUGGUGGCAACUGGAGAGAAACAAGCAACAGCUGAGUACCGCAUCAGCAAGAGUGCAUGGCUGAAGGGCUCAGCACAGUCCACUGUUGGAAAGCUGGACCAGAAGAUCUCCAGACUCACUGGUCUAUAUGUGAAGCAUCCAUAUGGCGAGUACCUCCAGGUGGUGAAUUAUGGGAUUGGCGGCCAUUAUGAGCCUCACUUUGACCAUGCUACGUCACCCACAAGUCCUGUGUUCAAGCUGAAAACUGGGAAUCGAGUGGCAACCUUUAUGAUAUAUCUCAGCUCUGUCGAGGCAGGUGGGUCCACAGCCUUCAUCUACGCCAACUUCAGUGUUCCUGUCGUGGAGAAAGCUGCUGUCUUCUGGUGGAAUCUCCACAGAAAUGGUCAAGGAGACGAAGACACGCUGCAUGCUGGCUGUCCUGUGCUUAUUGGGGACAAAUGGGUGGCAAACAAAUGGAUCCAUGAGCAUGGCCAAGAGUUCCAGCAUCGCUGCAGCCUGAAUCCUGAAGAGUGAGAGGGGUGGAGCCAUAGCUGGGCCCCUUUGGAGUACAAGAGCCAGCCUCUACAAUUGAGAGGCACACUUGCAGGCGGAGAGAAGGAGGGAGCCAGAAAAGUGAGCACACAGGCAGGGGAGUUAAGAGCCUGCAUCUGUGAUUGGAGCCCCAGGCCCCAGGGAGCUUGAAGUGUACAGUGCUGCAGUGGACAUGGAUAGCACAAGAGGCGGGGUAGAAGAGGAGUGGGGCAGCUGGCAAUCAGCCCCCAGAGGCCAAAUGCUCUCUUGCUCCUGCUGGCCAGUGCCUGCAGAUGGAGAGAGGCCCCUGCUUUCACACACUGUGCUGGUUUCAGUUAACUGUACAAGGCUGUUUGCCUCCUGCUUGCUUAAAAACUGACAUUUUAUGCAGCCCUUCGCCUACACUGGGCCCACUCUAGGGUCUGUCAUUGCAAAUCAACACAGCUGAACUCUGUACAGAGUCUCAGAACUUUAUUUUCAAUGUGUACAUGCAGAAGUUUAGCCUGCAUGGUUGAAUCACAGUGACAUGUUUAUAAAAUGAUGCAUGUGGAAUCUAGAAUUGGUUUAUUUAAUGUAAUGUUGCAACCAGAAAUAAAUUUUGUUUUGGGGAUUUUAAUACACAA